AUGAAAAAAAAAUCAAUCUUAAAGAAAGCAAGAUAUUUAUCACAAACAGAAGAAACUUCCUGUAUAUUAGAUGAACAAAAUGGUGAAACAAUAGAAAAUGAAGAUAACUCCUCUAGUGAAAAAGGUAAACUCAAUACAGAAAUUAAAACAUUUGUGGAAGAUACUAAUAAUGAACUUUAUUUUUAUCUUGAUGACGAAGAAAUUAAUAAUGCUACAGAAAAAUGUCAAAAGUCAUCCACAUAUAUAAAUUGGAGAGGAAUGGACUUUGUUAAUUUAGUAUUAAAUGAAGAAACAGAUCAUAAUAUCUCAAAUCUUGUUAAUUGUUGGAACAAAAAACAAAGUUCCUUCGAGACACAAAUACGUAUGAAAACAAGUUCAACAUGUACUUUGAAAAAUUUUGAUUAUUGUGCUGUUUUGAAAAAAAAUGAUAAUUGCACUAGUCCUUAUAAAAAUAGUGAUUUACCAGAUUUAAUACCAUUAACAUAUAGCCAACUCAAUGAUGAACAAUAUGAAUCGAAUAAAACUAAAAUUAUUUAUGAUAGACUUACUAAGUUUACUAAUAUUACUAGUGAUAUAUCUAAUUACUAUUAUAAAGUAUAUGAAGCUAAUAAAAGUCAACUUAAUUGUGGAAAGUGGAGUAUGUAUAUACAUAAAAGAGGAAAACAAUUUGUAAAUAUGGUGUACUAUGAGUUUUAUUCCGAAGAAUCUUUUAGAAAUGAUUCUACUAAAAAUUGGAAUACUUAUAGUACUAGAUUGCAAAAUAGUAUAUUAAGUGAUACAGGAAAUCAUUGUAAUAUGACAUCAUUAAUUUAUCAAAUUAAAGAGCGACAAAAUUCAACUGAUCCAUAUAGUUUAUCUUGGAUUCCUUUAGAAGACCAUGAUGAAUCUGAUGAAACUUUAGAUCCUACAAAUUCACUACAAAAUGUUACACAACCUACAGUGGAAACUUCAGAUACGCCACAUGUUAGUAUUGGUGUAGAUUCAUUAGAUGAUGAUGCAAAAGCUGAUAUUGGCAUUUAUAGUGAUUCUAUAAAAGAACCCAUAAAUGCUAUAGCAUCGCCGGGUGAUAAAGAUAAAGAAUCAAUGGCUGAAAAAGCUGCAAAAGCUACAGCUACUGCUUCUCUAAAAGAUCCACCACAACCUAUUUCUUUAACUUCAAAUAAUACGAAUGGAUAUGAUUCUAAAACUGAUCCUUCAAUUUUACCUUCUCUUGAAACUACACCAUCUGUUACACCCAUGUUUUCUGCAGAUAGCAAUUCAACUUCCUCAGGAAUUUCUGCAUCCCCAAUCACGGAAUCUGGUAAUUUUACAGCUAAUGUUGGUGCUUCUCCAUUGAAUGAUACAUAUUCUGCAAAUAACCAUGCAUCUCCUAGUAAUAGAACUGAAUCUACUACAACAAAUAAUUGUACACAAUUAUUUGAAGAAUGCUAUCCCCCAACACAAAGUUCACAAAAUACACUUACUUCUAUUGCUCAACCUAGUAAUUUACCUUUAAUCAAAGUUCAGAAUGAUACAUUAGCAAAUUGUUCGGGCAUUUGUCCUAAAAAUAUGAAUGUUUCAAAUAGUACUACCCCACAAACUCCAUUAGAUGAGAAUACUGAAGCUACCCCUACUGUUAAACCCAUAGGAAAUGUACUAAUAACAGGCGUUUCAGUAGGUAUAUUCAUUUUAGGAAUUGUUCUCCUUUUAAUUAUUAUAUAUAGAUGCACUCCUAUUGGAUCUUGGAUUCGUAAUCGAAAAUCAAAGAAAAAAAAAAUAAGAAAAAAGAUAAAAAAAAUUUCAAAGAAACCAAUGCCAUUAUCUACAAAUAAUAUAGAGGAUGGACCAAUGAAUAGUGGAAAUCACUCUUUGUUACAGCAUGAAAAACAAAUACCAUCAUGUGAGGUUAGUUAUGAAAGUGAAGGAAAUUUGAAACAUGAGGAGAAGGAAAAAUCCAAAGAAUGUAAAGGAAUAUACAAUAAAAAAGGAAAUAAAAGCAUUUGCAAUGUUACAGAAGAAGGGUCAAAUAAGCAUGAAAAAGAACUUAUAAGUGAAGAAAAAUUAUAUAAAGAUAAUCCUAAAAGUGAAAUUAAAAAAGAGGAAUUGAAUGAAAAUGAACCUAGUAGUGAAAUUGAAGAUGAAUUAAAUAAAAAUAUAUUAGAAAAAGAUCCUGUUAAUAUUGUAUGGUAUAUUAGGAAUGGCACAUUAAAUGAGGAAAAAGAAAAUGAAAUAAUUUCGCAAAAGGAAAAACCUACAUGUGAAAUGGAAAUGAAAAAUUUAGGAAAUAAAACGACAAUUAAGAAUAAUGUAUGUAAUUGGAAUUCAUGGGUAGAUAUACAUAUGACUGCAUUACUAGAAUAUAAAAAAGAGGAAUGGAAAUUGAAUAAAAGCGAAUUUUUUGAUAUUUGUUUAGAAGAGAUCGAAAAAGAUGGAGACAAUUCUAAUUUAAAAGAAAUGAGAAAUAAUUUUGUAAUGGAAAUAAAAGAAGAAAAUAGUACCUAUGCUAUAGAUAAAUAUAGUAGUAUAUUAGAUAAAUAUAAAAAUGAAGAGUGGUUUAUUAAUUUGAAGAAAGAAUGGGAACAAGAACAAAAAAAACACUUAGAAUAUUUAGAAGAACAUGAAAUUAAAAAAAUGAGAGAAAUUGGAGUAAAUAAUUUUAUGCUAGAUAAAAAAAAAAAAAUAUGGAAGAAAUGGAUAGAAUGGCAAAUAGAGCAUUCAUACGAAUACAAAAAUCAGAAAUGGUUUUUAAAAUUGUUAGAAGAAUAUGAAAAAGAAGAAAUGCAUGAAAAUACAGACGAUGAAAAAAUAAAUAAAGAAACAAAUAAUGGAAGAGAUAAAAGUGAAAUGAAGAAAGAUUUGGAAAGGAGAAUUUUGUUAGAUAUUCAUAUGAGGGUAUUAGAGGAAUGUAUGAAAGAAGAGUGGGAAAAAGGACAAGAAGAAUUUUUUAAAGCAAAUAUGGAAGAGAUAAAAAAAUAUAAAAAUUUGGACGAAGAAACAAACAUAUUAAAUAAAAUAGAAAGAGAAAGAAGUUGGAAUGUUAUAUCAGAGAUAGAAAAAGAGGAAAUAGAAAAAUGGAAAAAUGAAAAAUGGUUUAUUGAGUUAAUGUUAGAAUGGAAAAAUAAAGAAGAAAAAUAUAUGAUGGAGAUGAAAGAAGAAAUUUUAGCAAAAAAGAAUCAAGGAAGAGUAGUUGAUGUUAUCUUAGAAAGACAAAGCAAUAUAUGGAAAAAACACUGCGAAAAUAUUUGUAAAAAGUGGAUAAAUGAAGAAAACAAUGAAGAAUGGUUUACAAAGUUAGUUAAUGAAUAUGAAAAUAAAGAGAAAGAACAUAAAAGUAAAACUUAUAAAAAAAGUAUAGAAAAAGAUAAAGAAAAUGAAAAAACCAUAGAAAGAGAUGAAUCAAUAAUAGAGAUUAAUAAAAUGGAGGAACAAAAAAUGAGAAAAUAUGAAAGUAAUAAUUUAGAGAAAUCAUAUGAAAUGAAUAAUUCUAAAAUAAACAAAAAAAAAUUAAAAUGGGAGACUUUAAUAGGAAUAUAUAUGGUAAUAUUGGAAGAAUGUAGAAAAGAGGAGUGGUUAUUGAAUAGAGGAAAAUUUUUAGAAACCUGUUUAGAAGAAUUUAUAGAAGAAGAUAAAGAAAAAUAUCCAAAAAUAAAAGAAAAUGAUUUAGCAAUGAUGAAAGAAGGGGAAGAAGACAUUAGUACAUUGAUGAUUGAGAAACAAAAACUUUUAUGGAAAAAAUGGGUAGAAAGAAACAAAAGAAUGUCAGAGAAAUGGAAAAAUGAAGAAUGGUUUAUUAAUUUGAAAAAAGAAUGGGGAAAAGAACAAGAAAAAUAUCAGGAAUUAACAAAAGAACCAGAAAUAUCAGAAAUAGAAGCAGGAAAAAAUCCUAUGCUAGAAAAACAAAAAAGAAUAUGGAAACAGUGGCUAAAAAAACAAAGAAUGUGGUUUAUACAACAUAGCGAGGACGAAUGGUUUAAUGAUUUAUUAGAAGAAUAUGAAAAAGAAGAAGAAUGUAUGAAAGGAAUAACUAAAGAAGAUACGAAAAAAGCGAAGGAAAUUCAUGAAAAUAUAGAGGAAUUGAAACAAGAAGGAGAUAAUGAAAUAGAGAAAAAUAGAAAAAAAAGGGAGAAAUUGAUACAAAAAGUUUUGAUAGAAAUACAUAUGACGUUAUUAGAAGAAUGUAUGAAAGAAGAAUUGCAAAAAGAAAAAGAAUAUUUUUUUAAAAAAAUGGUGGAAGAAUUGAGAAUGCAAGAAAAUUUAGAUGAGGAUGUUAACUUAUUGGAAAUGAAAGAAAAAAGAAGUAGGAAUGUUAUAUUAGAUAAUGAAAAAGAGGAAAUAAAAGAAUUGAAAAAAAAAAAAUGGUUCAUAGAGUUAAUGUUGGAAAUGAAUAACAAGGAAAAAAAAUACAUAAAAGACGUAUAUGAAGAUAUGAUAGCAAAAAAGAAUGAGGAUAGAAUUAGAAAUCCCAUGUUAGAAAGGCAAAAAAUUAUAUGGAAAAAACACUGGGAAGAUAUUCAUAAUAAAUGGAUAGAAAAAAAUAAUAAAGAGUGUUUUACAACAUCAAUUUAUUAA